GUGCAGGGCGAGGGCCCCGGGGGCCGCAGGAUGGAGGCGGGGCGGGGGGUGAGGCUGGGCCCGGCGCACCGCUGGGCCCGCUGGCCUGGCGACGGGGACCGGCCUGCGGGCCCCUGGACGCCCCCUGCCCCGCCCUGGGGCUCGCCGGGCUCUGGAGGCCCAGCUGGGGCCGCGCCCCCUCCCCCGUGCGCAGGAGCAGCAAUGUCCGUGCAGGUGGCAGCCCCCGGAGGCGCGGGGCUGGGCCCAGAGCGCCUGAGCCCGGAGGAGCUGGUGCGGCAGACGCGACAAGUGGUGCAGGGGCUGGAGGCCCUCCGUGCAGAGCACCGGGGCCUGGCCGGCCACCUGGCGGAGGCCCUGGCAGGCCCGGGCCCGGGCGCUGGCCUGGAGCUGCUGGAAGAAAAGCAGCAGGUGGUGAGCCACUCGCUGGAAGCCAUCGAGCUGGGGCUGGGCGAAGCCCAGGUGCUGUUGGCCCUGUCGGCGCAUGUGGGCGCCCUGGAGGCCGAGAAGCAGCGGCUGCGAGCGCAGGCCCGGCGGCUGGCCCAGGAGAACGCGUGGCUGCGGGAGGAGCUGGAGGAGACGCAGCGGCGGCUGCGGGCCAGCGAGGAGGCCGUGGCGCAGCUGGAGGAGGAGAAGAGCCACCUGGAGUUCCUGGGGCAGCUGCGCCAGUACGACCCCCCUGCGGACAGCCAGCAGCCGGAGUCCCCCCGCCGCCGAGACAGCCUGGCCUCCCUGUUCCCCAGUGAGGAGGAGGAGAGGAGAGGUCCUGAGGCGGCGGGGGCCGCAGCGGCGCAGCAGGGGGGCUACGAGAUCCCGGCCCGCCUUCGGACCCUGCACAACCUCGUGAUCCAGUACGCAGGCCAGGGCCGCUAUGAGGUGGCCGUGCCGCUGUGCCGCCAGGCCUUGGAGGACCUGGAGCGGAGCUCCGGCCACUGCCACCCCGACGUGGCCACCAUGCUCAACAUCCUGGCGCUGGUGUACCGGGACCAGAACAAGUACAAGGAAGCCACAGACCUGCUCCACGACGCCCUGCGGAUCCGGGAGCAGACACUGGGCCCCGAGCACCCCGCGGUGGCCGCCACCCUCAACAACCUGGCCGUCCUCUACGGAAAGCGCGGGCGGUACCGGGAGGCCGAGCCCCUGUGCCAGCGCGCCCUGGAGAUCCGCGAGAAGGUCCUGGGCGCCGACCACCCGGACGUGGCCAAGCAGCUCAACAACCUGGCGCUGCUGUGCCAGAACCAGGGCAAGUUCGAGGAGGUGGAGCGGCACUACGCCCGGGCCCUGAGCAUCUACGAGGCCCUGGGCGGGCCCCACGACCCCAACGUGGCCAAGACCAAGAACAACCUGGCCUCAGCCUACCUGAAGCAGAACAAGUACCAGCAAGCGGAAGAGCUGUACAAGGAGAUCCUCAGCACCGAGGACCUGCCCGCCCCUCUCGGAGCCCCCAGCACAGGCAGGGCUGGUGACGCGGAACAACAGACCCUUCGCCGGAGCAGCUCCUUCUCCAAGCUCCGUGAGUCCAUCCGGCGCGGAAGCGAGAAGCUGGUCUCCCGUCUCAGAGGCGAGGGGGCGGCGGGAGCAGCCGGGAUGAAGAGAGCCGUGUCCCUCAGCACGCUGCACGUGGGUGGUGCCAGGGCUGCUGGGGCCCAGUUCCCCAACCAGCACCUGAGUGAGGCCUCUCGGACCCUCAGCGCCAGCACCCAGGACCUGGGGCCCCGUUAAAGUCCACAGGACCACGUGCCUGCAGCUUCCACCAGAGGGGAGUCUGUUCAUCUCCUUGCCUGGCGCCCUGGGGACACCCCGUGUAUUGGGCUGCCCUCUCCUCUGCUAUUAAAGUUUGUCGAUCUGGC